AUGGAAUUAAGAACAAUUCCAAAGCCUGACAAAUAUACUACAAAGUUUAUGAUUGAGUUUUUGCCAAUUACUACUAGUUUGAAAAAGCCAUUGGUUAAGGAUUUGGUUAUGGGUAUAAAGGCUUUUUUUAAAUGUUAUUAUACUGAUGAAAGUAAAUCCAAUUUUGAGAUCAGAGACAAGUGUUAUAUUAAAGAAAAAGAGGGAGAUGCCAAUAAUGCUGAUGAAAAUUCAAACAACGGUAAAAAUAAAACCAAACCAAUGGACAAUUUUCUUGAUAUCAUCAAACAUAAAAGAACUGAUGAUAUUAGCUGUAUCGGUGUAAAAACAAAAAUAUUAAAAGAACUAGAAAUUUCUGAAAUUUUAAUGUCGUCUUUAGGUACAUGUUCCAAAUCUCAAAAUUUUUCUCAUGAAAUUGCUGCAGAUUUAGCUAUUGAAUUUCAGUGCAUGCCUUAUGAGCCAAUGACAUUUUCUGUAAAAUCUGUUGGUUUUAGACCUUUAUUUGUAAUCUGUUGGUUUAAAGAUGUUUUAAAAAUUGAUGAUUAA